AUGGCUUGGGUGUUGAUCACUGGCGGUGGCACGGGCAUCGGUCGAGGCUUGGUCCACCACUUCUCCAGCAUCUCCGACCUCUCAGUGCUCACCUGCGGCCGCCGCGCCGCGCCGCUGGCGGAGACCCGCCGGACGGCGCCGCGGCCCGAGGCCAUCACCAUCGUGGCCUGCGACCUUGGCACUGCCGAGGGGCGACACAGGUUUCUGGAGCCCUUGCCACCAGAGGCCUCGGUCCGUUUGUUGGUGCAGAAUGCGGCCAUUGGUGACCCGGCAGCCGUGGCAGAACUGGACCUGAAGCAUUUCGAGGAGCUGUGUCGGGCAGGCGCCCUUUGCUCAGUCGAGUAG